AUGGAUCAAUGUAUCCAAGUUGGUUAUAUGUAUGGUCCACUUCCUGCUUCAUCAUUUUUAUCCUGUCGUAAAACAGUAACGAAGGAAAUCAAACGAGUGGCAAUUGUUGGCAGGAAUCAAAUGAAGGUUAUUCUAAUCUCAGCAGCACGUGAACGACGUCUUUCGUUGUCACCUGAUUUAUGGUCCGACGGUUAUAAGAAAGUGUCGUACCUUGGGUGUACUGCUCAAUGGGUCGACCGAGAUUGGAAUUUAUGCACGUUUGAGCUGUUUUGUUUACCAUAUCGGAAACCUAAUAAAACAGCAGUAAAUGUACUUCAAGUAAUUGAGGAAGGAUUAGCACUGUAUGAUUUGCAACCAUUUAUGUUUGACAUUAUUUGGGUCUGUGAUCGAGGUAGUAAUUUGAAGAAAGCAUUAGAGAAAUAUAAUGUAGUACAUUGUAUUGCUCAUCGGUUAAAUAAUACACUUCAAAAAACAUUUUACCAACUUGAAACAAGUAAAGCAAAAAAAGAUAUAGCAUUUGGUGAUUAUUAUAUUAAUCCAGUUGAUGAUGAAGAUGAUCGGAUUAGUUCAGGUGACAGUGAAGAAGAAAAUGUUCCUUUUGAUGACGAUGAUGUUAGAUUAAUUGAUAGACUCACAAGAUCAGUUAAUCAGACGACUGUAGCACCAAGUCGAAACAAUGCUACAACUACUCUUGCUCAAUUACCAUCUGAAGCAAAACGUGCUUUAGUAACAAUUAUCCACACCAAAGAACUGGUGAAGUAUAUAAAGAAGACAAAUCUAAAUCAAGAUCUCGAAGAUCGUGGUGCUGCUGUUCUUGUACAAAAUAAAUUGAUCGAAUUUUUAAAACCUUGGACAUUUGUAAUGAAACGAAUUCAAUCAUCAUUAAUUCCAUCAAUCCAUACUGUUACUCCUAGUAUAUUUAUAAUAAAUACUUCGUUAGAUGUCAAGCCAACAGAUGCUAAACAAGAAAAAGGUAUCAUGUUUUUUCGUCAACGAGCUAAACAAGUAAUGAAAGAAAUGAUUUGUUUUGAUCCUAUACAUCUAAUGGGUACGUUUUUCAAUCCUAAAACACGACAUAUGAAACACUUAACAGCUAAGCAAAGAGAAGAAUGUAUUGAGUAUGUGAAGCAAGAAAUGCUAAUGAUGGACAUUGAUCAUCAAGUUCAAUUACCUCUCGACUCAUUGCAAGUUCAACCGAUAACAACUACUUCGAACACGUACAUGACAGAUUUUUAUUUAAUUAUUGAACAGGAUGAUCAUCACAGUACUCAACAAAGUUCAUCAAAAACUUCAUCGCAUAUAAUCGAAAUCGAUUUAUAUUUAAAACUUGGUUCCGAUAAAACAACAAUAGCUAAUUCUGAUCAAGAAAAUCAAGAAUAUAACCCAUUAUCAUUUUGGAAAAAGAAACAUGAAUCUUAUCCUAUUUUAUCGAAGGUUGCUGCUCGUAUACUGGGUGUUCCAGCUACCAGCGCAGCUGUUGAACGAGAGUUCAGUUUUACUGGUAAUAUAAUUACACAAAAGCGUUCAAAAUUAUUACCAGAUACCGUGAAUGAUAUUGUUUUCAAUCAUUCAUACAACAAAUUCAAACAAAGAUUUGGUGAUAUAAGUGUUCAUAAACUAUAA